UGUGUGUGUGUGUGUGCGCGUGUGUGUGUUUGUAUAGGGAGGAAGGUUCUUUCCAUAUUACAAGGAGGACACCUAUUAGGGAGGAGGCCCGUAGUUAUCAUUAGAUGUCUAGAGCCAGGUGUUUGUCUACCCGAAGGCAGAUAACAAUCUUAAUGAAACUCAUCAGUAAGAUAGUUUAGUGGAGAAAGCCCUGGAUAAAGCAGUUUAGGAAUCAGCCAUCACUUUCCAGGCCUCGGGCCUCAGUUUCUCCUCUACUACAAAUCGGGCUGCAGGAACCAAGGCUCAUUACAGAUAAUGGUUUAUGUUAGCUUUUUUCACCUUAAAUGGACUGCGGGUGGGUGGGGAGGGUGUUCAUGGGCAUCUAUCGCUCUAGCUGUGUGUGAGUGUGAAAAGAAACGACUGCUUUCAACCCCAAGUUAGGCGCUGAUCUGCAAGAAGCACUAACACCCUGGGGUGGUAAGAAGAGAGGUUUGAGUAAAUAAGAGUUCCUAUUGGACACCCAGCCCGUGGCACCCUGGAAGAGACAUUAAUUAGCCCCUGCAGCCCAGAAAGAUGUCAGCUCUUAAAUGGUGGUGGAGGGGAGCAAGAGGCCCCUUAGUUCUCCUAUAGACACCCCGCUUCCUGAUCCUUCCUCACACUCCUUCCUGCCCUCCAAAGCAGCAGACCCCAGAGGACAGGAAUGGGGUUAUUCCUUACCCCUACUCCUACUUCCACCCUGAGGUGAUUUCUCCCUAGCUUGAGAUGGACUCUGCAAAGCAGCGAUGACUACCAGAGAUGACAGCUGUCAGUGGCAGGAUGGGGUAGUCCAUGAUAGGGGAAUGAUGGGGAGAGGGAUAGGGACAAACGUGACGCCUGAGGGCUGGAGUGGGGGGGGGGGGAGAGUGGUGAUGAGGAGUGGAGGAAAGGAGGCCAGGGAGGCAGGAAGAGGGGGGAUGAUUCAUCGAGAAGGAGCCUGAAUUGGAAACACUGCAAUGUGGGGAAGUGUCCCGGAGAGGCCGGGGAGGGGAGGAGGGGGAGGAGGAGGAGGACGGGAUGAAGAGGCAUCCCAGGGAGGAGCUAGGCUGGCUGGCACUGAGGUCCCCUCGGCCGUUCCUCCCCCCUCCCAGGCUACAGCGCUCAAUCCCAGUUCUCGUUCCUUUCCCCUUCCUCCCUUCCCCUGCAGUCUCUCCAUAGUACUCAUACUCACUCACACACAGAGAUGGUUGUUUUCCAAGCCAAGCUCCAGCCCGGGGGCAAGCAGGGCUUCCUCUUCUCAUCUUAACUAUCUCACUGCCUCCUUGAUGUGUGUGGGGGGGAGGGGGAAAAGGGGAUGAGGGUAUCCUACCUUACAGAUCCCUGAAUUUGUAGAGAUUCUCAAGUCUUCAGCUUCUCCCUCUAAGUACCUGGGUUAGAGCUGUGAAAAGCUCUAACCUGGAUCUCUCCUACUCUAUCAGCUUUAGUUCUGGCUGAGGAUUGGUUUGGAAGGAAGCUGGGGGUGGGGGAGAUCAUAGUGACUGGUCCUCCCAAAUACACAACGCCCCCCCUUCACCCCCCUCCUCCCGGAACGGAGACAUGCGGGCCCUCGCCCGGGCUAACAAGAGAGCCCUGACGACGGGACGAUGACUGCAGGGAGCCCCGGAGUGCGCGGGGAGGCACAGACCCCAGAGUCCCCCGGUCUGCCCUCGGCCCCAGCCCGAGCUUUCCGCCGCCUGGGCCGCCGGCGGCGCCUGGGCCGCCGCCGCUGCUCCCAGCCAGAGCUGCUGGGGCUCCGGGCUCGGCUGCGGCUGCGCUCGCCGUCGGGGGCCUUCGCGGCGCUAGGGGCGCUCGUGGUGCUGGUGGGCAUGGCUGUGGCCGUGGCGGGUUACUGGCCCCACCGUGCGGGGACGCCGGGGGCCCGGGCGGCCAACACCACGGCGCCUGCAGAGAUACGACGGUCGGGCCGUCUUUCGGGCCCCUCCGAGAAGCUGAGGCUCCUGGGACCCGUGGUCAUGGGCGUAGGCCUUUUCAUCUUCAUCUGCGCCAACACGCUACUCUACGAAAAUCGAGACUUGGAGACCCGACGGCUCCGCCAAGGAGCACUGCGGGCGCAGGCACUGCGACCCCCCGACAGUCCUGCCUGGGACAGCGGCUCCAGGACUGCCUUACCGCCGGGGGGAGUCUGGCAGCCCGAGAGAAGAGACUUCUCGCCCCUUCGGGGCGCGUCCCCCGUCCCGUCAGUGCGGAGCUUGCGUUCGGAGCCCCCGAGCCUCCGCCCAGCCCUGCCAGCGCCGCCGCUCACCAGGUGGUCGCUGAGGGCCCCGGGGCCUCGGGGGGAGCCCUCCCCACCCUGGAGCCCCCGGGGCAGGCUGGGACACGUAGUCAUCGCCGUGCAGCCGCAGGUUCUCGCUGCACACUCCAAAUCUCUGGACUUGGGCCGAGGAGGGGUGCUCCUGGGAACCCCGCCCGGCCGCGAUCACGCCCAUCGCAGCUGGCCCCGCCUGGACUUGCUCAGCCUGGGAGGUUAUACCAAAUUGGACGGCGGCGGGGACUUGGGGGCCCGGGUCUGAGGAGCUCCAAGCGCAUACUUCUACAAGACUGCGGUGUGUGCCCGGCGCGGUGGGAGCAGGACCGAGGUGUCCGCACGCCAUCGCAGAGCAUCUUCCAG